AUGUCAAAUAGCAGUGACGAAGAGGAGAAUCUUUACAGCUCUGACGAAGAGUCUCAGCCAGUGACCAAGAAACAAAAGGUGAGUGUUGGAGGUGGCUCCAAAAGUACAUCAAAAGAAGCAGGAGACAAAGAAGGUUCAGAUGAGCUAGCGAAGUUCGAAAAGAACAAGAAGGAAGAAGAUGAAAAAGAGGCUGGUGAAGAAGAAGAAGAAGAUGAUGAUGAAGAUGACGAAGAUGACGAAGAGGAAGAUUCCGACGAAGAUAUAGAGUUUGUCAUAGGAGAUAGUGGCCCUAAGCCUUCCACAACAACCACUACUAGCACAGGACCAAUAAAUGAAACAAUAGCAUCUGUUAAUGAUGACGAAGGCGAAGCUGAUACAGAAAACAAGGUUACAUCAGGUACUCCAACCAUAACAAAUAAGGAAUCAACCAUUGAUAUAAAUUCAGUUGCUGAAUUUGAAGGCAAACCAUUGACACAAGUUGACUUAGCAAAACUAAAAGAUAAGCCAUGGAGAUUUCCAGGGGCUGAUAUAUCAGAUUAUUUCAAUUACGGGUUUGACGAAUUUACAUGGACGGCUUACUGUUGCAAACAAGAUAAGUUACGAGGUGAAUUCAAUCCUCAAAAAGUUAUGGCUUCAAUAAUGAGUGGACCUUCGCCUGCGGGUCCACCAGGUGGUAGCGCAUCCAAUACACCUCUGAAUAAAACAUCAAACUUACAGUCACCACCGGUUGGUAUGCCACCAAUGGGUAUGAUGCCAGGGGGUAUGCCAAUGGGUAUGAUGCCAAAUAUGCCAGGUAUGCCUAAUAUGCCCAAUAUGCCAGGAAUGCCUAAUAUGCCAGGUAUGCCAGGUAUGCCAGGUAUGCCGGGUAUGCCACCUCAACUUCCUAAUUUCCCAAACAUGGCUGGAUUACCAAAUUUACCUAAUUUCAACAGUAAUAAGACUGGUCAAAUUGGCUUUGGAGGAGCACCUAACCAACAAAACAGACGAUAA